AUGACGCCAAACCCGUUCGCUGGUAUCGUCGUCACGGCCAGCGGAACCAUUCCUGGCCAGACACAUGACGAUAUCAAGCGCAUGGUGGAGGAGUGUGGUGCAAGGUUCGAGAAACUCAAUGUGACUGGCUGCACGCAUCUCAUUACCACAUCGAGAUAUGUGCAGAAUGCCACAAGGAAAGUUGAUGCAGUCCAGAAAGCCACCAAUUGCGAUAUCGUCGGUAUAAAGUGGUUGGUCGACUCCAUUAACGGCAAACACCCGGUCAACACUGACGGGUAUCUGCUCAAACCGGCGGCAGACGAUGCUCCAAAGAGUUCGCAGGUAACAGAAGGCUCCCCGGACAGCCCCGAGAGCAACAAGCGCAAAUUUGAGCCAGAGGAGGACACAAUUGAGGAGCAAUCGAAAGUCCACAGAAGCAACCUGCAUGUUCAUCGGAAGCAAUUGAUCGCCCUUGUGGACGAUCGAUAUGAUACUCAUGGAGAUGAAAUAGCAGUUUGGAUGGACGAACGGGAGAUCCGUUGGGAUGCCAUACUAAUUAACAAGCUAUCGAAGAACCCGGCGGGUGAGAUGGACCCAACUGCGCCAACCCGCAAAAUCUCCCUGCACCGUCUCCAACUUCUAUACAACUUCACUUCUGGAAAGUUUCACACGUGGUUCCGGUUGGUGGAUGAUAAGACCGAGGAGGGAGAACUUCAUGGUACUGGCGAUCUCAAAUCAGCCCUCGUCGAGUUCAAGAGGCUUUUCCACGAACAAUCCUUCCUAUCUUGGGAUAAGCGCGACUCCCUCCCGCACGGGGUGCAAGAUUGGGUGCCAAUUGACUCCCGGUGCAUCUUCUUCCAACCUCUGUCCGAGGAAGAAAAGAAGAACAUCGUACUAGGGGUUCAACAAGCAGAAGUCCCUGUAACGAUCCCCCAGGGAGUCCCAGGUGUUCUGAAAGUCCUUUUCGGCCACAGCAAUAGACUGGCAGUCGGCCAUUUCUUCAACGAUAUGGCUAGAUUCCGAAUCAAGACAGUCAAUCAUAAUCAACUUGAUGACAAUACCCUGCGAGCCGCAAUGGCCAUCCUGGAUAAACUCCGCGUCACCCUGGCGGAAACUGUGAAAAGAAAGACUCGGAACUCGCCCGUCGAGUGGAUCAAGCACAGUCGCGCGACCUACUUAAAGGAAUGCUACUUCGGUCUGCUCGGUAUCUGCAGUCGCUCUAGCUCAGAACCACUAGCUACAGACCCCGACUGGCUUAAGCAGGAGCUCCAAAAUCUUGAACUUAUGCUCAAACUGCGGACCACGAUGGAUAGAACCCACCUCUUUGGUAGAGAAAUGUCCAGUGAGGUCUUACAACAAGCUUUUCUUUGUCUAGGACUGUCCGAAAUCAAACAAGUUCGGAAGAAAACUAAAGAAUACGACGGCCUUGUUGACUAUCUCAAAAUGUCGGUUGGGUCACUCCACACGGUCACUUACAAGGAGGUCAUCAACAUUUUUCGAAUCCAACGUCAGGAGGACACUGAGCGAUACCACCAGUGGAGGGCAGCCAAUAGUGACAAAAUCGGACAGAGAUUGUUGCUUUGGCAUGGCUCCGGAUGUGAAAAGUUCAUUGGCAUUCUGAGCCAGGGAUUGCGAGUUGGUCUCUUCGAGAAGAGCACGAGUGGAAUGUUUGGUGCUGGAAUAUAUUUCGCCGACAUGUCUGGCAAGGCUGCUCGGUAUUGCACUGGCCCAUCAAAUGUGACGUUCAUGCUUCUUUGCGAGGUUGAAAUCGGCUCCAAUCCUCUCAACCUCCAAGAAUGUGAUCGAACUGCGAAGACAACUCUGCGUAACGAGGGAAAAGUCGGGGUGGUUGCUCACGGAAGCUCAAAGCACAAGGCAUGGAUGAACGCAACGUCCAUCCAUCGGCGCCUAGACGGUAUCUGGAUGCCUGAUGUUUCAAAAGAACGGGAGAAGCGUGGCCAGAAAAACCUGGCAUACAACGAGUAUGUGGUAUACAACCCGGCCCAGGUCCAGCAGCGGUACCUUCUCCAUCUCAAGACUGGUUGA